UGGUAAUACUUAGUGAUAGUAGGGAUAGUAGUAGAUCAUUACAGGUAUGAGGCAAGAUGGUUUGUAAAACUUUGGUACUCACUCCAGGGUGUGGCCCCCCGAAACUAUAUUUAUUAUUAUGUUUUUUAUUCACUAUUUGUAUUUUACUAUCGACAGCUGGUUCUAAUAGGUACAUAUUUUACGAACAUAUCUAUUUUCAGCUAAGAUGUGAUUGCACAUUUCUUAUUUUUACGUAAUUUACAGAAAGUUUAAGGUUUUCUUUCAGAAUCGUA